GUUGAAAAAAAGCCCUGCGGAGUAGUCUCUUCUGCGCAUGCGUCAACUCGAUGUGUCCGGAAGCGCCGAGCCGCGUCACCUGAAAUGUUCAAACACGUUUUUCUGACGGGACCUCCAGGCGUGGGUAAAACCACUCUGGUCCAGAAAGCCUGCGAGGCUUUGGUGUCAUCGGGGACGGCAGUGGGAGGCUUUUACACCGAGGAGGUCAGGGACGGAGGCCGGAGAGUCGGCUUUGAUGUCGUCACGGUGACGGGAGAGAGGGCCCAGCUGUCCAGAGUCAGAGACCCGGCCGCUUCGCCUCGUGGCGGGCGGGAACACACCGUGGGGCAGUACGUGGUCGACUUGCCGUCGUUUGAAAACGUGGCGCUCCCCCUCUUCAGAAACGUAGGGUCGGCGGACGGAGGCGGUGGCGGCAAGGUGUUUGUCAUUGACGAGAUUGGCAAGAUGGAGCUCUUCAGCCAGUCGUUUGUCGGGGCCGUGAGACGGACUUUGGACGGCUCCUCCUGGACCAUCCUGGGCACCAUCCCCGUCCCCAAGGGCAGACCGCUGGGUCUCGUGGAAGAGGUGCGGGGCAGGAGGGAUGUCAAGGUCUUCACUGUGUCGAAGGAGAACAGAAAUGACAUUUUACGAGACAUUCUCGCAACACUUCAAGACUGUCUAACACACAGCACCUAAUAGUGAGAUUCAGAGUGAAAGACGUUACCGCUCGUCCUCUUUUAAGCGCGUACGCGUUUCACACAGCAACCCUGCUGAGUGGAUCCACACGGGGCUUUGACCCGACCUGAGGGGCGUGCAGAGAUUAGCGUGUAACACGCGUGUGUUUGUGUACGCCGUUCGUUUUCUUUUCGUUCUCGUACAGCCUCAAAAUGGAUUGCAUGCUGAAUAAUUGAUUGUGAGAUGGAACACCGUGGGGGAAUUGUUCAGUUAGCGUGUAAAUAUCUCUCCGACUCAGAGCCGGCUAAUAACGGCUGCGUUUCAUUUUGUAACUCAGCUGUUGGUGUUCUAGAGAAUCCGGCUCGUGUUGUCUCACAUUUUUCUGUGUAAUGUUCAUUUGUGCAAAUGGUGCUUUUCAUUUUUUAUUUAAUUUUUUUGUAGAUGGGCCAACAGGGCGGUGCACCUGUUUAUUAAUUUAUUUCUUAGCUAUGUGAGCCACCCCCACCCCCCCUUUGUGUAUGUCUAGUUAUCAUUGAAAAUCAAUAUUUAACGGUGCAACUAUGUCCAAUCCUUUCAUGGUUUAUUCAUCCACUAACACAAAAAAAAUAAAUAAACACAUGAUUUCUUUC